GCGUGUGGCGGCGGCGCGAUGGCGGCGGGGCUGUGCUGGCGGGCCGGGCUGCGCGCGGGGAGGCGGAGACUGUUGCAAGCUUGUGUAUCAGGGCUAUGGGCAGCUGUUCCCCAUCACUGGGGAUCCAGCACCACCAGGCUCUCUGGAAUCAGGGUGGAUUCUCCCCUGCCAGCUGGUGUUCCUAAGCUUAGUUAUCGCUUUACAUCAUCACACAAGUAUGUUCCCAGACGGGCUGUGCUGUAUGUACCUGCGGAUGAUGAAAAGAAGAUAAGAAAAAUCCCAUCACUAAACGUAGAUUGUGCAGUGUUGGACUGUGAAGAUGGUGUUGCUCUGAACAGAAAGAGAGAAGCAAGACUGACCAUCGUGAAAACCCUUGAAGAGUUUGACUUUGGCCAUGCUGAAAAGUGUGUUAGGAUAAACUCUGUGUCCAGCGGCCUCGCAGAAGAAGAUCUACAGGUGCUUUUGCAGUCCAAGACCCUUCCUUCAAGCAUGAUGCUGCCAAAGGUUGAAAAUGUUGAGGAAAUAAGAUGGUUUUCAGACAAAUUCUUACAUCACCUAAAAGGCCGAACACUUGUAGAACCAAUGAAUUUUAUCCCCUUUGUGGAAACUGCAAUGGGCUUGCUCAAUUUUAAGGCUGUUUGUGAAGAAGCACUGAGAACAGGAUCCCAAGCUGGCUUUCAUUUGGAUGCAGUUGUCUUUGGAGGAGAGGAUUUCCGUGCCAGCAUAGGUGCAACAAGCAGUAAGGAAGCUCACGAUAUUCUAUAUGCCAGGCAAAAAAUAAUAGUCACAGCAAAGGCAUUUGGCCUUCAAGCAAUAGACCUUGUUUACAUUGAUUUCCAUGAUGAAGAUGGGCUCUGCAGGCAAUCGAGGGAAGGUGCCGCAAUGGGAUUCACUGGUAAGCAGGUGAUUCACCCCAACCAAAUUGCUGUUGUCCAGGAACAGUUCUCUCCGAGCCCUGAAAAAAUAAAGUGGGCACAAGAACUGAUUUCUGCUUUUGAAGAACAUCAGCGAUUAGGCAAGCAAACAUAUCUCACUGAGGGAUCCUCUCGCUCCACAUCCUAACGACAUGCUAAAAUGGAGCGUUUACUUUCCGUGGGAGCAUGAUCGACAUGCCAUUACUGAAGCAGGCACAGAACAUUGUUACACUUGCCACAGCCAUCAAGAAAAAAUGAGCUGGUAAAUGAAGCUCUCGCCAUGGGGCCCCAGUAGCUGUUUUUAAAAGAUGACUAUAAUACUUGGGGAUGGGGGCGAGGGGGGGAAGGUGGAAAAUUAAAGACGUCAGGCUUAAAUAGGAAUUCAUUUCCAUUUUGCAGAUCUGUCAUAGUUUGCUUGUCGGAAUCGCUAAUUACUAAAACUAUUCCCAGCUCAAACCACUGCUCACUCCUGCAUGGCCCAUGUUCUAUCCUAGCCUGCAAUGAAGUUACAUCACCAGAUCCGUGACAUCACAGUAAUUACUACAAAUGCGGGAUUAUGACUUCACGAAGGAGAAAGGCAAAACAUAAGCCCUGAGCUCUGUUAAAAGAGCAGAUGGAAACUAAUUCAAUUGUUUCUAUUUCUUUCUGUGCUUCUUCCCACUCUGAUGCAGAGCUCCCAGCAGAAAGGAAAAAGGCUCGAAUAAUUACACACCAGUUGAAAUAAUUGCAAUGAAAAUCUUUACCCCGUGUGAGCUUUGCUUUCACCCUGCACCGCCCUUCUGUAGAUGUGCAACAGCCAUUAAAAAUAAUGCUCCAACAAUGCAGGACUCUUGACUUUCUUCUCUUUUUUUUAAGCAGUCGCUAUUCAGAGAGUUUCCUCCUGGAAGCGUCCAGCCCGGGAAGGGUUGGACGGCAAUAAACUUGUAGUUUUUGGAGACACAAUGCAGCAGAACUUGUGCAUAUGGUCUCGAGUCAGAUUUACAUCACAUUAGGGAUACGGCUACAGAUCAUGUGGGCUGUAUGGUUAACGGGCUUAGUAAAGCUGUUUUGAAGAGGUUAACCCAGCUUGUAGUAAGGGUAAAUAAACAUAACAACCAGGCAUUGUCCUCUAUUCAGCAUGUACUCUUAUAUGGAGGGCUAAAGGGUAUUGAAGCUGCAGAGGAUCAACUUGUGGUUGCCAGAGGACUCCAAUGAAGUUUGAAACACCAACAAUCAGAGAUUUUGUUUCUGUUCCUCAUUAAAUCAUGAGCUUUUGUGCUCAGACUAUGAACGACUGUUCUUUAAGAAAUUAACAGAAUGGGAAGUUUUAAACUAUGCACCAACCUUUUCAUGACCUACACAGCAGCAAUGCUGCUGCACUUAGACAAACACCGCGGGGAAGGCUGUUCUGUUUAUUUAAAAUUGUAAAUAGAAAACAGUUGUUUUUUAGUUUCAUUUCUCACCGCCUCCGUGGGCAUUUCACGUAUGGAGCCACAGUGCCUUAUUUCUCCCGUUUCCUCGCUUAGUGUGUUUCCUCUCCGUCUCCGAGCAGCGAUUUCACUUAUUUGGGGGUGUUUUUGUUUUAAUUAAGGGGAGAGGAAAAGGGGGGGAGGAAGAACCCCACCAUCCGGCCCGCGUGGAAGCAACGAGGAAAGGGAGGGCGGGGGCGGCGGGAGCGCCUCUCCGCGGCUCCCCCGGGAACGGCGGGGACACUGCGGGGACACGGCCGGGCCGGCCCGGGCAGCGGGAGAGCCGCCCGCCUCCGUCCUUCCCCGGCGGGGCAGAGCCCCCGCAGCCCUCGGCGGAGUUCGGGGAUGAGCAGCCAGCCCGGCCCCCGUCUCUCCCCCCCGCCACCCGGGUCCCGUCCGAGGCGCUGCGCCGGGGGAUCCCUUACAGCGCGGGGACCUCCGGGCUAAUCUGAUUAAUUAAAGACUACCUGCUUAUAUUGCAGCUCCCCCUCAUCCCCGCGCGUUUCAGGACACCCUCCGUUAUUAAUUCCAGGCUGAGUGAAUUAUGGGCAGCACUAUUAAAACAUUAUCAGAACUAAUGAGAAACAAUUACUUAGGAGAUGAGCUGGGACGAGCCGGAGCCGGGCACGCGUGUCUCUCUCCCCGCAGAUUGCGUUAAUAAAUCAUCAGGUGCACGGCAAGGCGGCGGCGAGGCCUGGCGCGGGGCACGGAGAAUAAGAUAUAUGAAAUAAGGCUUGUUUGGGGUUGUUUUUUUUUUUUUUGUUUUUUUGGGGGUUUUUUUGUUGGUUGGGGUUUUUUUUUUCCUUUUUUUUUUGGCAUAAUUUUUGCAUUAA